AAAAAGAUUGCAGCACCACAAUUUCGCAUAUGGUCUCCCACUACACUACUCAGUGUGGCCCUAUGCAGCUUAACUAACGUUGAUCGGACGGGAAACAGUGCUUCCUGCAUGGUAUGGCCGCAACCGAUAUAUUACAUCGAAGAUACAUUAAGAAGUUUAAAAGUAACCUUAUUUUGUUUUUGUAAAUCUUUUUAA